AUGGUGUCACCAAAUGAUAAUGCUAACUGGGUUUUUGAUUGUGGGUUGAUUGAAGACAUUCCUGUCCCUGGUGGUGACCUUCUUUCUCUUGAAUCUUUUGAUGAAACCCCAAAUGGGUCUCUUUGGUCUUCUCAUUCUUUCACUGAUACAGCCUUUUUAAGUGCGGACUUCAAUAAUUCAUUUGAGAAUUCAGAUGAUCUUAAGGAAAGUGGGUCUCGAAAACGGGUGAGGCCUGGAUCAAGUAAUGCACCUGGCUCCAAAGCAUGCAGAGAGAAAAUGCGGCGGGAUAAGCUGAACGACAGGUUCAUGGAAUUGGGUGCUCUUCUAGAUCCUGGUAGGCCUCCUAAAGUGGACAAAUCAGCUAUAUUAGUUGAUGCUGCUCGAAUGGUGACUCAGUUACGAGAUGAAUCUCAGAAACUGAAAGAGUCUAGUGAGAGUCUACAGGAGAAGAUCGAUGAAUUAAAGGCAGAGAAGAAUGAGCUUCGUGAUGAGAAACAGAGGCUAAAGACAGAAAAGGAGAACCUAGAGCGGCAAGUGAAAGCGUUGAGUGCUCCACCAACCUUCCUCCCUCAUCCCCCUGCCAUUCCAGCUCCAUUUUCUGCCCCAGGCCAAGUUGUUGGCAGCAAGCCGAUGCCCUUUGUUGGCUAUCCUGGAAUUUCUAUGUGGCAAUUCAUGCCCCCUGCUGUUGUUGAUACCUCUCAGGAUCAUGUUCUACGCCCUCCAGUUGCUUAA